AUGUAUAUUAAUUCUAGAGCAAUUCAGAGAGAUGAGUCAAAAUUCACGGCGUUCGGGGAGCAAGCAUCCGAGAACAAUAUUCCUUGCUCAGCCUACACUGAUGAUAUCUGCUAUCAACAGUCAUUGCUUUUGGUGACUUUCACACAAUCUUUCCAGCAGGAGAAAUUUGGUCGUGCAGGUUUGUCGAAAUGCUGUAAGAAGGGUAUCUAUCUCACUGAUGUGUGCCUGUCAGGAAAAUGCUCGAAUCACACAGUGCAGUUAUGUUGCUUCCAGAAAUUUCUACAGGCUCGUUAUCGUUGUUGUGAAGAUGAUAGCCAAUCACUUGGACCGUCAAGUACCAGUGACUUCAACAAGUGCUGUUAUGAGCACUUCGUGAACGAGGAUGCAUGCUGUAACAUGAAAUUAGCUACUCGAUACUGGAAGACAGUGCAUGAAUUGUGCUAUCCAAACACCAACGUUGACUAUUCAGGAAUCAAAUUAGAGGUUCGAUUUGUUGAAGGUAUGCGAGUGGUUGAUUUGAAUGAGAAACGCAUUUGGGAGUAUGAAUGCCGUAAUGGUGUCAAUCGCACACAGUAUGCCUAUAUACCGUAA